GAUAGCAGUACAGCUGAGAACAAACAGAAAUAGUUUUUAAAAUUAAGUUUUCUUUCAAAUUACAGUCUUUGAAAAUCAUACAAAAAAGGUAUUGAGCAAUGUGCCUUGUUUAUGAGUUGGUAAAGUUUAAUCUUGCAUUCUUUGCUCAUUUUAAUUUUAUUUUUACGAACAUUUCUGUGAAUAUGACAGACAUUUGUUUACUUUCCUCAUGCAAAAGUCGAAUUCAUAACAAAAAUAUUCAAAUGUACGUACUGUUGCACACAAAGAAACCACCGAAACGUGAACCUCACCGAAACAGGGCAACAGAUGAUACAAAUUAUUUAUUUUUGAGAAUCGAUCUGGUUAUUUGACUAACUCUCAACAAACUAUCGGGACCAAAGUGAAAAGACAGAAAGUGUACUGGGAUAACAACCUGCAAGAGGAGGAUUCAGAACUUAAGCACCUGCGACAGACGGCAGAAAGCCUCAACAGACUGAGUAGCAAAAUCAGUGAAACCCUCACACAGGCAUCACCUAAUGUACGGGUGAACAUGGCUAAACAUUCCGUGCUUCAGUAUACCACAACAAAGUAUCCACAAAUACGGUGUCUCGUAGAACCAGUUAGUGUAUCUCACUACUCCCGCACUGUGACAACCGAUCUUCCCACGAGACUGAACUCGGCAUCUCCUGUUACACAAAGACAUUUUCCCGUUACUCUGGGUCCACUAGAAACUUCAAUAGAUUAUUCCGAAAGAAACUACUUUGAUCAACAUCUAGGACAGUCUGUCUGUGAUAGAAGAGUGCAAGACCCCAAAGGCUCUAUUCAACUGGAACUGGUGACACCAUUUCAAGUAGAGCUCGCCCGACUCCGUAUGCAGAGACUACGAUUAGAAGAAGAUCGAUUGCUGGAGAUGAAACGCUUAGAAGAAUUGGAGAGGAUUCGAGGACCACAACCAAAAUGGUAUGAGCUGCGGACCCCCAACUUCCAUUACGAGAUGCGCAAGAACAACGAACUGAUUCGCAGCGAGAGUCGGUGGCAGGAUCUGCUCAACUACCGAGAAGACUUGCAGCGAUCACGCGAGUUCAACAAGAGACUAAACCUGUCAUUUUAGUACGUGUGUGUGUAUCGUGGACACAUCAUCACAUUGAUGACGACACUGGCGUGUACUCCAUGUCAGAUAUAUGUUAUCAGUGACCCCUGCAACUACAACAGCACAAAACUGCUGCAAGAAAGAUAUUCAAAUACUUAAGAUCUGGUUCUUGGAUUUUUAAAGUAGUUUACAUUUAACUUUGGUUUGGCUCAACAUGAGGUAAAACAGUUCGACAGUUUGGGAAAUUACAAAAAUGUAAAAAGCAAAAAAGAACAGCUGUCAGUUCAAACAUAAGAAAUAUUUGUAGUGACACCUCGACACACAUAUAGUCGUUAGGUGAAAAGAGAACCAAAUCAAGUCGUUUUUAUUACCUCAUUUGAGAUUAACUUGGUGCUCAGGUAUAAAUGAACACACCAUUUAUAGCAUUAUGCAUUGCCACACUGUAGGGGCAGGAUCGAACUCAGUCGGUGGGGUGGGACAUAGCCCAGUGGUAAAGCGUUUGUCUGGAAUCGAUCCCGGUCACUGGGCCCAUUGGGAUCAUUCUUCUUCCAGCCAGUGCACCAUGACUGGUAUAUCAAAGGCUGUGGUAUGU